UCAUUGUUGCAGAAAAAAAAACAAAUCUAAAAAUUUAGCAAUCGCAACGGAGUGCGAAAAAAUGUUUUUAUUUUCUAAUUUGUGAAAUAAUUACAGCUUUAGAUUGAAUAAAUAAUUGUGCUAAUAUCUUAUUGUAUUUUUAUGUAUCUUUUGAUAAAAUAGUAACAUGGAGAAGCCAGAUUGUGACCCCAAAAAGCCUUCAGAUGAAGACGAAGGCGGCAAUUCAGAUAUCAGCCCAAAAAAUAAAAUGCGAAGUCGUGGAAAAAAGCGUAAAAGGAGAGAUAGUAGCAAUAGCAGUACUCACUCAGAAGAGGUGCUUCCAGAAAAUGCAUUUGAGGUUGAGAAGAAUGUAAUAGCCUCAGCUGUGAAAAACAAUCUAGAUGAUGUCAGCGUGAAGAAGAUUUUGAAGAAAGUAGUGACAAAUGACCACGUACUGGCCCUGGUCAAGCUGCGGGAAGAAGAAGAAAAGUCCAGUACGGAAGACAGCAAGCUCCAGCCCAAACUCACUCGGGCUAAAGUCAAGGAAUUGAUGAAAGUGUCGCCUAAAACAGCCCCAUGGAACCUAGAAAACUUGGAAUUGACGCCCAUCAAACACAUACCGGUGAAGACGAGGCCGGAAGUUAAAGCGCUCAUCGCACAAGAACUGCCAGAAGACGAAGAUGACGAAGAAUAUGAGCCUACAAAUGAUGAUGUACCGAGUGAUGACGAUCAAGGCCUGGAAUCAUGCAGUGACUUGGACUCCCAGCCUCGCACACCGGCCACUCCCAGGAGUCAGAGCAAAAGCAGCCCUGUAGUCGUUAAAGAUGGACCUUUCAAAGUGCCACCGGAUGUGCCAGUAGCAGCCCGCAGAAAACUCAAUCUAGAAGAAGAGGCGACCAUAGCUCUCCGCACUCGCUCCAAACUGUGCCUCUCAGAGACACCUAUAGAACACAUUGAGAGUUCAUUCGUGCCUCCCGACGACCUGCCAGUGCCAGUGGUGGACGAUCACCUGUGGAACGAGUUUCUGAACGAGUGCCUCAACCCAGCUUCGGUGUCGAAGAACGAAGACGACGAUGAGACUGACCCCGAAUACAAUGUCGCUGCUGAUCCUGAUGCUCCGGACGAAGACGACGAGCUGGAGGGAAGCCUCAUCAAGAUAUCCAAGAAGGAGCUGAACGACCUGGUCACGGAGCUGUUCAAUAUCAUGCCGGAGGAGUCAGUGGACCACGAGCUGGCUAAUAUAAGUGGAGUUGUCGAUGAUUUUCGGACUUCAAACCGAUGGGAUGGCAAGCAAGAAGCGGCUUCAGACGACGAAACGUCAGUGAAAAUGGUGGACAGAAUAGUGUUUGAGAAAAAAAGCUCUUCCACAAAGUUGUCGGUAGGAAAGAUGGAAAUAGACGACACCACCUACCACGAGUACGAGGAUCAGAGCGAGACGGCAGUAGUACGAGAGAAUGGUGACGAAGUACAGGCUCAGCCGAUAUGUAUUGUCAUACAACAGCCACCGAACGUGGUGAGCCUAUGCAUGGAGGAGCAGCGUCCGCCGCAGGACAUCUCGGACGUGGCGCCGCCGCCAUCCGUCCGGGGGCUGCAGGCGCCGCCCGCGGUGCACCGCAUGCAGGUCGAGGUCAACGACCAGAACACGAUACUGCCCGAGCAAAUCCUGAUCCUCCAACAGCAGCUCAGAAUUCACAUCCAGUUAGCAGCUUCCAAUUUCUUGCAGCUUUAUGUACACCCCAUACACUGGUCUUAUGGACCGAGUUACAAGGAGUAUUUGGAAACUUUCUCAAAGAUGGCAACCGCGAAUCCCAAGUCGGUGGUGAAUGUAUGCAACCUGCGGCCCGCCAUGGAACUGGUCGAAUCGUGGGCGGAGACCGUCUCGGAGAACACUCCGGAAAAUACUGAGCUGGUUGAGUUCAUCCAGAAAGAAUCAGAUAGAUGUCGCCGACGGCACGCGAACAACAACCCUUACAUCGGGGAUUUCCACGAGACUCUAAUGCGGGUAGUGGCCAACAGCUGCGUGUUCGUCUACCCUCACCUGCUGCCGCCCAUGCCCUACCGGCCGCACCACAACCGCCGCUGCAUAUACAUGCCUAGCGAGGAUUCAUACAUCGCCCUAGGUCUAGAGCAGUUCUGGAACUACGUGGAGGCCAAUCCCGAGAUAUACAAGCGGCCGCCGCGGCCGUGCGGACGCAAGGCCCGCUGGGGACUCAUAUACGUCGUCGACCUCGUCGUCAAACACAUGAUGCCUUGGCUGUCCGGCUCGUUGUUGCACAAUCAUCUACAGCAGGUGCGCAGGACUUCUGAAAGGGACAACCCUAUACAAGUAUUCUUCAGAACGCAGCAGGUGACUCCAGUGAAGCAUCGUCUGCUGGCAUUCGACCCUUCAUUGACGCUGUACCAGCAGCCCGAGUACGAAAUGCCGAGGCGAUGGCUCCGGUAUUUGGCCAAGACCAGCAAGCGAUUUAGGCUUUUCCUCCGCCGCCGAGCCCACGCCUCGGGCACAGCGCCCAAAGGAGUCGACAUCGACUUCGAAAAUCUAAAUGGCGUCAUCCCUGUCGUGCCUUCCAAAACAGCUCUACCAAUAAACUACACCGAGCAGGUCAUUAGCACAGACGCGAAGCCUGAAUUCAAAGACAAAUUCGACAUCAAAAUCAACACUCUACCCAUGACACCCAUAAAUGAUUCCAUUGAUGGCGCACACAACGCUUCGAGCCUUUUCAAACUAGUCGAAACGAGCAAAGGAAUCAAUUUGGUUCCUCUCGACACGGUAAUCGAAGAUUCGACACCGAAUAUUGUGAUACAACCCUUGAAACAAAAUGGAUGCAACACUGGGAUGAAAUUGAUGACGAUAGAACCAUUGAAAAUGAACUCAAUCGAAACUCCACAAGUUCGCUGUCUCCAAACCAACACAGUGGAUUGUAACGUAACGCCCAUUAGUAGUGCAGUCGAAAAUAAAAAGGUCCUCACGGAAAAUAGUUCAAAUAUAGAAAAGACACAGAAAGAAGACCCAAAUCAUUGCAAAUGUUGCAUCAUAAUGAGGAGGUUUUUCAAGCCAAAGCAAAAGAGAAUCACAGACUACUUUAGGAAUAAAAAUGAAAGAAAAGAAAUGUGCCAUUGUACGAAUAGAAGUUAUCCAAGGAUAACGAAUAGGUUAAAGUUACUAGUCAAUAAGUUUAAAAGGCAAUCUGAUUGCAUUUACAAAGAUAUUAACCAAAGGCUGGAGCGUUUGAAAGGGACUGGUAAAUCAGAACGACAGACAGACGAAAAUCAUUUAGAUAACAGCAAUGUCGCAGAAGAUUUAGAACUCGUGAAUUCAUUCCAAUUAACACUACUACUUCGGUCAGCGAUACUGGCAAAACAUGCACAAACGAAAAAAAGGAUAAAUAGUCUGUUCACAAAAUUCGACGUAGACCACGACGACCCAGUGGUAUUAGCACGGAACCUCGAAUCGUUGUGCGACGUGGAGUUAGUGGACACCUUCAAGGAAUUCCUACCGUUCUUGACGCCCGAACAAGCGGAUAAGCUAAAGAAGUUCAGGGACUAUUUUGUGAAUACUUGCGCGCCUGGUUUGGUGCAGAAGAUUGAAGAACACGUGACAAACAAAGAGAAGAAGUUCAACAUCCUCAACCAGCUGUCUCGCCUAUUCGCGGGCCCCUGGGCGCCGUGCCAGAUGUGUGGUGUGUUAUUACUGCACAUGCAGGGCCACCCCGCGCUUGCGGCGUAUACCUUCGAUUUGUUCCCGCACCGGAGCUCGCAGAAGUAAGUCGCAGCAGCCCUAGCAUAAGCAAG